AUGCCGCCUCGCCUCAACCUUUUCACCAUGAGGGCACCAGUCCCUGCCCUCCGUCAAUCCUCGACGCCGUCUGUGAACCACCCUUCUCGCCGCAGCAUCGUCACGGCUCUCAAUGUUAACAGGCCCAAUGCGGUGAACUCUGGCCUAGCACAAAGGAGAUGGAACUCAUCGGGUUCCGACAACAACGAUGAUGCCGAUAGACUCAAGGGCCCGACCGAGGAUCCCUUACCUCAUGUCAGCCAGGAGGCCGCGGAGAUGACCAAGAUCAUGGAUAAGAAGUGUGACGGUACCGCCGCCAGCCCCGAGUUGGAGCAGGGCACUCCGAUCUCAGAGAUCCUGCAGCGCGACAAGGAAGCGCGGAAGCAUGCCCCCAAGGUCAUGCAGGAUCAAAUGAAGGGACCAUCUGGCUCGCGGUCCUUCUCGACGUUCACUCGCCGUCAGCAAUCCGAGCUCCAAGGUCAAGCUCCGGACGCCCAUGAUCCGACGGCAGCCGUGGUGGCCAACAUGAUUUCCCAGGUCAACGCGCAAGCUGCGGAGUUGCAUACCGGCCUUAAAUUCCAAGCCCCUGGUCCUCUCCCCAAGACGGAGAACUUUCGCAAGAGAUAUGACUCUGUGAUCGACCAGUUUACCAACUUGAUCAUGCAGGAUGGUAAGAAAAGCAGGGCUCAGAAGGAUAUGGAGUUCAUCCUAACCCAUCUGCGCACCGCCUCUCCGCCGCAAAUCAGUCCUAAACGCCCUCUCCUUCCUUGCCCUCCGGCUGCCCAACUCCCCUUGAACCCCGUCAUUUACCUCACUACGAUUGUGGACUCCGUCGCUCCUCUUCUCAAACUCAAGUCGCAAAAGGGUAUUGCCGGUGGAGGUGCUUCCGUGAACGUUCCCAUUCCCCUCCGUGUCCGACAACGGCGAAGGGCCGCGAUCAAAUGGAUCAUCGAUGCCUCUGAUAAGCGACGGGACACUACAUUCGCCCAGCGAAUUGCCAACGAGCUUAUCGCCGUUGCCGAGGGCCGUGGUGGCGCCUGGGAUAAGAAAGAACACACCAACAAGCUUGCUGUUGCCGCCCGUAUGAACGUCAACCUCGUUCCUCGCAAGCGACUCGAACGUUCACCUACGUCGCGCCGCCUUGAAAAAGGACGCUUUAUCUUCCUACCCCUCCCUUUUUGCAUCCUUCGGUUCCUCGCCGUCGCACACACCGUGUCGUCGAAUGCUGCGAGACGAAACGUGGCACGCAUCGCUUCUGCGACGGGUGCCUCUUCUCACGACCUCGACUUAACCCCCCAUUCACCCGAUCAAGGCAUCGAACUUGCCGAAUAUCCUUUGCUUCCCGACCCUCAGGCCGGCGAUCGUGAUCCGGAUUCGAUAACUGAGAAGCGUGUGGGCCCAGGAAGAGGCGGUGACCCGCAUCAACGUCGCCCAUACUCAAGACCGCUUAGGCUUAAAUACUGGGUUGAGGCUCUUCAGAAUCGCUCACAGUAUCUGAAAGAUAGUGGACUCGACGCCAAGAUGAAGUUUUCGCACAGCAUUCAGUUCAAUGCCGUUCCGGAGUGGAGCUCCUAUUACAUCGCGUAUAGCAAUCUCAAGAAGGUGAUCUAUUCUUUGGAGCAACAGGCACACCAGGCCACUGGAACGGCCCAUCCCGACGUUGAAUCCGCACCCUUGCUAGACAGUACUCCCAACCCCGAUGCGAUCUUUCGGCGAUCUUUGGAUCUGGAACUCGAGAAGAUCUGCAGCUUCUACGCAGAUAAAGAGGUAGAAAUACUCAAUGAAGUGGAAGGAGUUGCCCGAGAUGCCGAAGAAUACGUCUCGGAGACCGAUGGCGUGAGCUUGGACCCGAUGAGUGAGAAUAUGACCAAGACGCGGACCAUGAGCUCGGGUUCCAGACCGCGCGCGGAGAGCACGUUUCGGGAUUAUUCGUUGAACAAUGGACGACGACGCAGUGCGAUUAGCGAGUCGAUGGUCGAAGAAGAAGACGAUGACGAUGAUGCGGAUAGUGACGACGACCAGCUGCUGUCGCAUCGCGAAAGACCAACGUCGCACGGCGCCACCUCAAUUAACCUCGGUGAUAGCCGUGCCGACAUGAGGCACUCAUCCUUUUUGCGAGACGCGCGGGACCUGGAAUAUGAUGGUCACCCCAACAUGCGCCCUGGUGCACAGGUCGAGAACUUCAGGGAUCCUAAGGUUCUUGACCUCUACAACUCAGGACUCUCUUUGAAAAAGCGAAUUGUUGAUGCCUAUGUGUCAAUCUGUGGGCUCAAAUCAUACAUUCAACUGAACAAAACCGGGUUCUCCAAAGCCCUGAAAAAGUAUGACAAGAUUCUUGAUCGCAACCUCCGACGAGAGUUCAUGAACUCCACGGUCUCCCUAGCAUAUCCCUUUACGGAAUCGACCAUGAAGAAGGUGGAGGAUUAUAUUCUCAAAAUUGAAAGCGUCUAUGCGGACGUUGUUACCGCCAAGAACCUAUCUCUCGCCAAACGUGAGCUUCGAUUGCACUUGAGGGAGCAUGUAGUCUGGGAGAGGAACACGGUGUGGAGGGAAAUGAUCGGCAUCGAGAGAAAGGCCCAGGCGGCGAAUGUCGGUAUUCGCAGGACCCUUCUGGGUGGCGCUGAGGAUCCUGCAACAGCACGACGACAAGGUGACGAACAAGAAGGUCCAACGAAGGAAUUUAGAACUCCUCUAGGCGUGUUCCGUCCUCCGGAAUGGCUGUUCAGCUUGAGCUUCGCAACCCUCGUUUUCAACCUUUUUGUCUUCGUGGUGCUGCUCCUUGUGCCGAUCAUGGAUAAACCAGAGCAGCAAAAUUGCUUGGCCAUGCUGGUUUUUGUCAGUUUGUUGUGGGCUACAGAGGUCAUUCCUCUUUUCGUCACUUCGCUUCUUGUGCCGUUCCUUGUCGUUUUGCUGGGCAUCAUGAAAUCGGAGAAGAAACCAUACGAGCGAUUAGGGCCGAAGGAGGCUACGGGGGUUGUUUUCAGUUCCAUGUGGACGCCAGUCAUCAUGCUCUUACUCGGUGGCUUCACAAUCGCCGCAGCCUUGUCUAAACAUGACAUUGCUCGGCGCAUGGCGAUGUUUGUCUUGAGUAAAGCUGGUUCCAACCCUAAAGUUGUACUCCUCACAAACAUGUUUCCCCUGCUCCGCACACUUCCACCCGACUCGAACUUUGCCAAAGCCCUCAUUUUAGGUAUUGCUCUGGCUGCCAAUGUCGGUGGUGCCGCGUCACCGAUCGCAUCCCCCCAGAACAUCAUUGCGCUCCAGAACAUGUAUCCCAGCAUCAGCUGGGGCACCUGGUUCUUUGUGUCACUUCCCGUCUGCAUCAUAUCCAUCCUGCUGAUCUGGCUCCUCCUGCUGGCCACCUUCCAUCCCGGCCGUGACACCACCCUUGUCCCCAUUCGGCCCGUAAAGGACAAAUUCUCCGGGGUUCAAUGGUUUAUCAGUAUUGUCACACUGUCCACCAUCGCUCUCUGGUGUGGCAGCCAUCAGCUGGAGCAUGUCUUCGGCGACAUGGGUGUGAUCGCGAUCAUCCCCAUGGUUCUUUUCUUCGGAACUGGUAUCCUCAACAAAGAAGAUUUUAAUAAUUUCCUGUGGACCAUCAUCAUCCUGGCCGCCGGAGGGCUUUGUCUCGGAAAAGCCGUGACCUCUUCCGGCCUCCUGCAUACAUUGGCCAAUGGCAUCCGCGAACGCGUCGCACACCUCAGUCUAUACAGCGUCUUGAUCGUGUUUUCCAGCUUGAUCCUAGUCGUGGCCACGUUCAUCUCCCACACCGUCGCCGCCCUCAUCAUGCUCCCUCUCGUCCGACAAAUCGGCGUCAGCAUGGAUGACCCGCAUCCCAAUCUGCUGGUCAUGGCUAGCGCCCUGAUGUGCUCUGUGGCCAUGGGCUUACCGACCAGUGGAUUCCCUAACAUGACGGCCAUCAUGACUGAAGUCCCCCAAACCGGCCAGCGAUACCUCCAAGUCCGCCAUUUCUUGACCAGAGGUAUCCCUGCCAGUUUGAUGUCGAUGGUUGUCGUCGUGACUGUCGGCUACGGGUUGAUGUACAUCGCCGGCCUAUAA